AUGGUCGUCAACUGGAAAGCCCCAGAUGCGAACGACCGCCUGAUGGGCGCUCUUCUCGCUGCCCACACAGAAUUCAAGCCCGACUACAACAAGAUCGCCAAAGUCUUCGGUCGCGGUGCAACCUACAACUCGGUCGAGGGCCAGUUUCGCAAAUACCGAGAAAUGGCCAAAAAGCUGGCCAGCGGCGCUCCCGACGGCGAAAGUACUCAGUCCAAGAGCAGCACUCCUCGCGUACCACGUACCCCACGCAGCAGCCAGACAAACGGCAUCACCAAAUCGACCGGCAGCGGAAAGCGCGGCGGAUCAGUUGUCAAGAAGGACAAGGUUUUGAAAUCGCCUACCAAGGCUGGCAAGUCCGGAAAGUCGGAAGCCCUGAUCAACGCGAUUCGUUUGAGCGACACCGAGUCCGACGGUGAUGCGAGAUCGAUCAAGAGCGAGACUGUCGUAUGCGAGGACAAGAUGGCGGGAGUCAAAGUAGAGCACGAAAAGAUGGGUGUGCCUGUGGACUUUGGCCCUGCUCUGACCUCGGGCAAUAGCCAGACCAACGGCUAUGUGCAGGCACAGGAGGAGGACGAUGAUGAUGAUGAUGAUGAUGUCUUUGGCCCGGAUGCCUGA